AUGAGACUGUUAAAUUGUUUAGUUAAUCGGCAUUGGCCGCAACGUGUGCUCGGCAUCUCGAAACUAUCCGCUUUCGAGUUUCUGAAAACUACGCAUCCUGAUUUAUCGAAUAACCAGCUGUUGAGUCGGUUGAGAAAGCAAGGUAUAGACCCUGUCGAGAUUCUCGCGGAGCAUCAUCGGCAGCUUGCCUGUGAGAAAGAACUUGCGCGGGUUCUACGUAAUCUCGACGUCAGUUAUCGGAUUAUGAAAAGAAUAGAUAACACGAUGAUCAGUAGAUGCGUAGAUUGGGCAGACUUGGUAAUCGCGAUCGGCAGGAACGGCACCUUUCUCUUAGCCUCGAAGCUGAUAACGAACAACAAAACGCCAAUACUCGGCAUUAAUCCGCAUCCCGGAGGUAACAAUACCUUUACCCUGCCGAUCGAGUGUAACGGAGACAUCGAGACAAUAUUCGAGAGAUUGCGUGCAGGGGAUUACACCAUCUUGAUGAGAAGUCGCAUACAUACGAUAAUGACCGGAGAAGGGCUUUACGAGCAGACCUUUCACGUGCACAAAAAGAGCCGCAUGCAAGGCGAGAAAAGAGUCGAGUGA